AUGAACGUGGACACGAUCUCGGGCGCAGAGCGUUUAAAAUGCAACGGCUGUUCAGAAUGCGUUUCGUUCAAGUGUGCAUUCACGACGAGCGACACGUCGAAUCCGGACGUGAUGUUAUUUUGCGCAGCGUGCGGAUGUGAGGUGAGACUGCUUCCCGUACGACCCCACGCACGCGUUCAACGUCGAUCCUUAAGGAUUUUCUCUCUUUUCUUCUCCCAGGCGGGUGCGCACGAGAUAUCCAAGGAUUGGGAGCGGCGUCGCGCGGAGGAGGAGACGUGGCGUCGCGCGGAGGAGGAGCGCACGGCGCGACGGCGAGACGCGUACGCCCGCUGCGACGAGAGAGGCGCGGGCGGCGGCGGCGGCGCGUCGCGACUGCCGGCAUCGGACCAGGUGACACUGCUUCCCAUACGACCCCGUUCCGUGUUGUGCGGGGUUUCUUGA